AUGAUGGCAAAAAACAGAGAGCCUCGUCCCCCAUCCUAUACCAUCAGUGUAGUUGGACUUUCUGGGACUGAGAAAGACAAAGGUAACUGUGGAGUUGGAAAAUCUUGUUUGUGCAAUAGAUUCUUAUGCUCAAAGGCAGAUGAAUAUUAUCCAGAGCAUACUUCUGUGCUUAGCACGAUUGACUUUGAAGGACGAGUAGUAAACAAUGAUCACUUUUUAUACUGGGGUGACAUAACACAAAAUAGUGAAGAUGGAGUAGAAUGCAAGAUUCAUGUCAUUGAACAGACAGAGUUCAUAGAUGAUCAGACUUUCUUGCCUCAUCGGAGUACGAAUCUGCAACCGUAUAUAAAGCGUGCAGCUGCCACUAAAUUGCAGUCAGCAGAAAAACUGAUGUACAUUUGCACUGAUCAGCUAGGCCUGGAACAAGACUUUGAACAGAAGCAAAUGCCUGAAGGCAAGCUCAAUGUGGAUGGAUUUUUAUUGUGCAUUGAUGUAAGUCAGGGAUGCAAUAGGAAGUUUGAUGAUCAACUUAAAUUUGUAAAUAACCUUUUUGUCCAGCUAUCAAAAUCAAAAAAACCUGUAAUAAUAGCAGCAACUAAAUGUGAUGAAUGUGUGGAUCACUAUCUGAGAGAAGUUCAGGCAUUUGCUUCUAACAAAAAGAACCUUCUUGUAGUGGAAACAUCAGCACGAUUUAAUGUCAACAUUGAGACAUGUUUCACUGCAUUGGUACAAAUGUUGGAUAAAACUCGUGGCAAGCCUAAAAUUACUCCCUAUUUGGAUGCUUAUAAAACACAGAGACAACUUGUUGUUACAGCAACAGAUAAGUUUGAGAAACUUGUGCAAACUGUGAGAGAUUAUCAUGCAACUUGGAAAACUGUUAGUAAUAAUUUUAAAAAUCAUCCUGAUUAUGAAGAAUACAUCAAUUUAGAGGGAACAAAAAAAGCCAGAAAUACAUUUUCAAAGCAUAUAGAACAACUUAAACAGGAACAUAUUAGAAAAAGGAGAGAAGAAUAUAUAAAUACUUUACCAAGAGCUUUUAACACUCUUUUGCCAAAUCUAGAAGAGACUGAACAUUUAAAUUAGUCAGAAGUUUUGAAGUUAAUGGAAAAGAGAGCAGAUUUCCAGUUAUGUUUUGUGGUGCGAAAAACACCUUGGGAUGAAACUGACCACAUAGACAAAAUUAACGAUAGACGGAUUCCAUUUGACCUCCUGAGCACUUUAGAAGCUGAAAAAGUCUAUCAGAACCAUGUACAACAUCUAAUAUCAGAGAAGAGGAGGGUAGAAAUGAAGGAAAAGUUCAAAAAGACUUUGGAAAAAAUUCAGUUCAUUUCACCUGGACAGCCAUGGGAGGAAGUUAUGUGCUUUGUUAUGGAGGAUGAAGCCUUUAAAUAUAUCACUGAGGCUGAUAGCAAAGAAGUAUAUGGUAGGCAUCAGCGAGAAAUAGUUGAAAAAGCCAAAGAAGAGUUUCAAGAAAUGCUUUUUGAGCAUUCUGAACUUUUUUAUGAUUUAGAUCUCAAUGCAACACCUAGUUCAGAUAAAAUGAGUGAAAUUAAUACAGUUCUGAGUGAAGAACCUAGAUAUAAAGCUUUACAGAAACUUGCUCCUGAUAGGGAAUCUCUUCUUCUUAAGCAUAUAGGAUUUGUUUAUCACCCCACUAAAGAAACAUGUCUUAGUGGCCAAAAUUGCACUGACAUUAAAGUGGAACAAUUACUUGCCAGUAGUCUUUUGCAAUUGGAUCAUGGCCGCUUACGGUUGUAUCAUGAUAGUACCAAUAUAGAUAAAGUUAACCUUUUCAUUUUUGGAAAAGAUGGCCUUGCCCAAGAACUAGGAAAUGAAAUACGGACACAAUCUACUGAUGAUGAGUAUGCCUUAGAUGGAAAAAUUUAUGAACUUGAUCUUCGACCAGUUGAUGCCAAAUCGCCUUACUUUUUAAGUCAGUUAUGGACUACCGCCUUUAAGCCACAUGGGUGCUUCUGUGUUUUUAAUUCCAUUGAGUCACUGAAUUUCAUUGGGGAAUUUAUUGGAAAAAUAAGAACUGAAGCUUCUCAGAUCAGAAAAGAUAAAUACAUGGCUAAUCUUCCAUUUACGUUAAUUCUGGCUAAUCAGAGAGAUUCCAUUAGUAAGAGUCUACCAAUUCUCAGGCACCAAGGACAGCAGUUGGCAAAUAAAUUACAGUGUCCUUUUGUAGACGUACCUGCUGGUAGUUAUCCUCGUAAAUUUAAUGAAACCCAAGUAAAGCAAGCCCUAAGAGGAGUACUGGAAUCUGUAAAACACAAUUUGGAUGUGGUGAGUCCAGUCCCCACCAAUAAGGGUAUAUCAGAAGCUGACUUGAGAAUUGUCAUGUGUGCCAUGUGUGGUGAUCCGUUCAGUGUGGAUCUUAUUCUUUCACCUUUCCUUGAUUCUCAUUCUUGUAGUGCUGCUCAAGCUGGACAAAAUAAUUCCCUAAUGCUUGAUAAAAUUAUUGGUGAAAAAAGAAGGCGAAUACAGAUCACAAUAUUAUCAUACCAUUCCUCAAUUGGAGUAAGGAAAGAUGAACUUGUUCAUGGAUAUAUAUUAGUUUACUCUGCCAAACGGAAAGCAUCAAUGGGAAUGCUUCGAGCAUUUUUGUCAGAAGUUCAGGACACCAUUCCUGUACAGCUGGUGGCAGUUACUGAUAGCCAAGCAGAUUUUUUUGAAAAUGAGGCCAUCAAGGAGCUAAUGACGGAAGGAGAACAUAUAGCAACAGAGAUCACUGCUAAAUUUACAGCAUUGUAUUCUUUAUCUCAGUAUCAUAGGCAGACUGAGGUCUUUACUCUGUUUUUUAGUGAUGUUCUAGAGAAAAAAAAUAUGAUAGAAAAUUCCUAUUUGUCUGAUACUACAAGGGAAUCAACACAUCAAAGUGAAGAUGUUUUUCUGCCUUCUCCCAGAGAUUGUUUUCCUUAUAACAACUACCCUGAUUCAGAUGAUGACACAGAAGCACCUCCUCCUUAUAGUCCAAUUGGGGAUGAUGUACAGUUGCUCCCGACUCCUAGUGACCGAUCCAGAUAUAGAUUAGAUUUGGAAGGAAAUGAAUAUCCUAUUCAUAGCACUCCAAACUGUCAUGACCAUGAACGCAACCAUAAAGUGCCUCCACCCAUUAAACCUAAACCAGUUGUACCUAAGACAAAUGUGAAGAAACUGGAUCCAAACCUUUUGAAAACGAUUGAAGCUGGUAUUGGUAAAAAUCCAAGAAAACAGACUUCCCGUGUGCCUAUGGCACAUCCUGAAGAUAUGGAUCCUUCAGAUAACUAUGCUGAACCCAUUGACACAAUUUUCAAACAGAAGGGCUAUUCUGAUGAGAUUUAUGUUGUCCCAGAUGAUAGUCAGAAUCGCAUUAUUAAAAUCCGAAACUCAUUUGUAACUAAUACCCAAGGAGAUGAAGAAAAUGGAUUUUCUGACAGAACCUCAAAAAGUCAUGGGGAACGAAGGCCUUCAAAAUACAAAUACAAAUCUAAAACCUUGUUUAGUAAAGCCAAAUCAUACUAUAGAAGAACACAUUCAGAUGCAAGUGAUGAUGAGGCUUUCACCACUUCUAAAACAAAAAGAAAAGGAAGACAUCGUGGAAGUGAAGAAGAUCCACUUCUUUCUCCUGUCGAAACUUGGAAAGGUGGUAUUGAUAAUCCUGCAAUCACUUCAGACCAGGAGUUAGAUGACAAGAAAAUGAAGAAGAAAACACACAAAGGAAAAGAAGAUAAAAAGCAGAAAAAGAAAACUAAGACUUUCAAUCCACCAACACGUAGAAAUUGGGAAAGUAAUUAUUUUGGAAUGCCUCUCCAGGAUCUGGUUACAGUUGAGAAGCCCAUACCUCUAUUUGUUGAAAAAUGUGUGGAAUUUAUUGAAGAUACAGGGUUAUGUACUGAAGGACUCUAUCGUGUUAGUGGAAACAAAACUGAUCAAGACAAUAUUCAAAAGCAGUUUGAUCAAGAUCAUACUAUCAAUCUAGUGUCAAUGGAAGUAACAGUAAAUGCCGUAGCUGGUGCUCUUAAAGCAUUCUUUGCAGAUCUGCCAGAUCCUUUAAUUCCAUAUUCUCUUCAUCCAGAGCUUUUGGAAGCAGCAAAAAUUUCGGAUAAAACAGAACGACUUCAUGCAUUGAAAGAAAUUGUUAAGAAAUUCCAUCAUGUAAACUAUGAUGUAUUCAGAUAUAUAAUAACACAUCUAAACAGGGUUAGUCAGCAAAAUAAAAUCAACCUAAUGACAGCAGACAACUUAUCCAUCUGUUUUUGGCCAACUUUGAUGCGACCUGAUUUUGAAAAUAGAGAGUUUCUGUCUCCCACUAAGAUUCAUCAAUCUGUUGUUGAAACAUUCAUUCAACAGUGUCCGUUUUUCUUUUACAAUGGAGAAAUUGUAGAAACUGCAAACACUGUGGCUCCUCCACCCCCUUCAAACCCAGGACAGUUGGUGGAACCAAUGGUACCACUUCAGUUACCACCACCAUUGCAACCUCAGCUGAUACAACCACAAUUACAGACGGAUCCUCUUGGUAUUAUAUGA